AUGGACCUCUUACCACAAUCCGAUGGCCUGCUCAAAUGGUUUCUGCUUUAUACCUCCAUCUCUGCUGCAAUACACUCUGUCACGACCUAUGUCAACCCCAUUCCAUCAAUGGUUCCCUUUCAGGGUCCAAAUGCACCACCACGCUCGGCCUUACAGGCUCAUCUUUACGGCAUUAAGAACUGCUACACCGCCUUGAUCCGAAUGUAUGCCGCCUACAAUCUACACAAGAGCCGUGAGCUCUAUGUGCUAGCCAUGUGGACUUUUGCGGGCGUACUUUUCUUGUAUAUUACGGAGUUGUUACUUUGGCAGACGGUCCGACUGAGGGAAGCAUUCAUUGCUCUGGUCACGGCGGCGGCUGGACUGGUGUGGAUGUGGGUCCAAUUUGAUCAUUACGUGCCUUCGGGCUAG